GAGCCUGCAGCCAAUGCAGCAUCGUCCUGUAUCCAGGCAGCAGCAACAGCUAGAGGCGGCGGGCACCAUCCUCUGAAGGCGAUCGCUCCCCAAGGUGCUGAUCCCAGCGAGCUGAGCGUAUCGGAUCCAGGAGACGAUCAGAGUAGGGGAUCGGCUGAGCCAGGAACAAGCCCGGAGUGGAUGAGUGACUGCAGAGAGCUGUUGGCUUUGGCAGAGAUCGGAUCACGUCCAGGAGAGCCGGAGAGAAAAACUGCAAACACAGCGGCUCAACUAAAUCCAGCAGAGUCCGCCAGCAGCUGCACCACCCCCGCCGGGAUCAGCCCUGAUAGCUGCACCGCAUUACACACCUGACCUGUUGGGAAGAAGGAUCAGCAUGUGCUAUUAGCUGCACCCAUCCUCCUGCCACCCAUCAUCCGCACCCCCUGCCACCUUGCCCUAGCACACCCUUCUCCAGUCCUUGUAUCACCGGUGCCAUGGAGUGCUGGGGGCGGCUCGAUCUCCUCCUCUGCUAAACGCUUGCUCUCCGGAUCAUGGAUACUUGUGUGUUUUCUAUAGUCAUUCAGAUAAGUCAACAGGCUGUCAAUGGAGGAGGACAUUGAUACCCGCAAAAUUAACAAUAGUUUCCUGCGCGAUCACAGCUAUGCAACAGAAGCUGACAUCAUCUCGACAGUCGAAUUCAACAACACGGGAGAAUUGCUUGCCACAGGAGACAAGGGGGGCCGUGUUGUAAUAUUUCAACGUGAGCAGGAGAGCAAAAAUCAGCCUCACAGAAGAGGAGAGUACAAUGUUUACAGCACCUUCCAGAGCCACGAGCCAGAAUUCGAUUACUUGAAAAGUUUAGAGAUUGAAGAGAAAAUAAACAAAAUAAGAUGGCUUCCCCAGCAGAAUGCUGCAUAUUUUCUGCUGUCCACAAAUGACAAAACUGUAAAACUAUGGAAAGUCAGCGAGCGUGACAAGAGACCAGAGGGCUAUAACUUGAAAGAUGAAGAAGGAAGGCUGCGUGACCCAUGCACAAUAACUACGCUUCGAGUACCUGUAUUGAGGCCCAUGGAUCUAAUGGUGGAGGCCACACCACGAAGAGUGUUUUCUAAUGCACACACAUAUCACAUUAAUUCAAUAUCGGUGAACAGCGACUAUGAAACGUACAUGUCAGCGGAUGAUCUGAGGAUAAACCUAUGGAAUCUAGAAAUAACAAAUCGAAGUUUCAAUAUUGUGGAUAUUAAACCAACCAAUAUGGAAGAACUUACAGAAGUGAUAACAGCCGCAGAAUUUCACCCGCACCAUUGCAAUACAUUUGUAUAUAGCAGCAGUAAAGGAACAAUACGGCUCUGUGAUAUGAGAUCUUCAGCUCUUUGUGACAAGCAUUCAAAGUUGUUUGAAGAGCCAGAGGAUCCCAGCAACAGAUCGUUUUUUUCCGAAAUCAUCUCUUCCAUUUCAGAUGUAAAGUUUAACCACAGUGGCCGGUAUAUCAUGACCCGAGACUACCUUACUGUCAAAGUCUGGGAUCUGAAUAUGGAAAACAGACCAAUAGAGACAUACCAGGUCCAUGAUUACCUCCGCAGCAAACUAUGUUCACUCUAUGAGAAUGACUGCAUCUUUGACAAAUUUGAAUGUGUGUGGAAUGGUUCAGACAGCGUAAUCAUGACUGGCUCGUACAACAAUUUCUUCAGAAUGUUUGAUCGCAACACCAAACGUGACGUCACACUGGAGGCCUCACGAGAGAACAGCAAGCCUAGAGCAAUUCUCAAGCCACGCAAAGUUUGUGUAGGAGGCAAACGCAGAAAAGAUGAAAUCAGCGUGGAUAGCCUGGACUUUAGCAAAAAAAUUCUCCACACUGCUUGGCACCCUUCAGAAAACAUCAUAGCCGUGGCAGCCACAAAUAAUCUGUAUAUAUUUCAGGACAAGGUUAACUAGAACGUUAUUACAAAAAUACUAGGUACCAUGUGUUCUAAGGCUUUUUAAUAUAUUUUUCUUCUCCCAUUUUCUAAUAUUUAAUUUUUGUUCUUUUUCAUUCACCAUGUUUUUCAUUUGCCGACAUAUAGGUGAAACAGUCAUCCUGAACCCCCUUUACACCAUUUCAAACUGCUGACAAUUUUUCAAUCGUGUUUUUUUUUUCUUUUUUUUUUUUCUUUUUUUCUUCUUUUUUUUUCUCCACCUUUGCAUUGGCAGCCUUCCUGCGGCAUGAUUCUAAAACAUGCGCUGUAGGGGUAUGUUGACCUCUCAUGCAGCUGUUAAGGAUUUAAGCAAGAAACUUUGGAGAACACAAACGUUGAGUAUAUAUACUAUUUCUUUUUAAUUGGUAAUUCAAUUUUUAAUAAAAGAUGAUCAUUACAA